UACUAUAUGUAAAAAUCUCUAUAAAUAACCUCAAAUAUCAUCACCAUCUACCACACAAAGUUUAUAACACUAGUGAUCAUCAAUCAAUAUUUUCUUCAUAAUUUUCUCCGAUAUUUCAUAUAAUUUUGGUCAUACAUAUCAAUUAAUUAUUUGUAUCGAUCGAUAUCGAGCUAGCUAUGGAUAGAAUAGGUGAGUUGGCAUCAAAGAAGGCAGCAGUAAUAUUCACAAAGAGUUCAUGUUUUAUGUGUCAUAGUAUUAAAGCACUAUUUUAUGAUAUUGGAGCAAGUCCAGCAAUUCAUGAACUUGAUGAAGAUCCAAAAGGGAAAGAAAUGGAGUGGGCAUUGAGAAGUUUAGGUUGUAAUCCAUGUGUUCCUGCUGUUUUUAUUGGUGGAAAAUAUGUUGGAUCAUCUAAGGAUAUUAUAUCCUUACAAGUUGAUGGUUCACUCAAACAAAUGCUCAUUGAUGCCAAAGCUAUUUGGUUAUAACUAACAAAAAAAAAAAAAUACAAUAGCUAUUAGAAAUCAAUCAAUUUUUCGAUCGCGUAUCAAUCGAAAAUCCGUCAAAAAAGCACACGUCUGAGAUGUUUUUUUGGAUGGGAAUUCGGUCGAAAGAUCGUCGGAAAAGCACUCUAGGGGAUGUUUCUGACGGUCUUUCGAUUGGAGCACUCGAUUGAGAUGUUUCUGACGGACUUUUAAUUGAAAAUUUCGUCAAAAAAGCACCUGUCUGAGAUGUUUUUUUGGAUGGGAAUUUGGUCGAAAGAUCGUCGGAAAAGCACUCUAGGGGAUGUUUCUGACGGUCUUUCGAUUGAGCACUCGAUUGUGACGGACUUUUAAUUGAAAAUUCCGUCAAAAAAACGUCUUAAAAGUACUCGUACAGAAUGUUUUUGAAGGUAUUUCGAUCGGAAAAUACACUCAAUUGGGAUGUUUCCAACGGACUUUUAAUUGGGAAUUCGAUCGAAAAAUCGUCAAAAAAGCACUUGUACGGGAUGUUUCCGAAGGUGUUUCGAUCGAAGAACACACUCGAUUGAGAUGUUUCCAAGGGACUUUAAUUGGGAAUUCGAUCUAAAAACCAUCAAAAAAGCACUCGCGGGGAUGUUUUCGACAGACUUUUCAUCAAAAAUUCGAUUAGAGUUUGACGGGUUGUAAGUCGGAAUUGAUUGAUUUCUAGUAGUGAAAAAGAAAGAAGAAAAAGAAUAGUCUAAUGCAUUGAAUUUUCAGUGUGGGUAGGUCCGAGAAAAGGUCGGACCAAAUUAGGUUUAUUGUAAGUUUUUGUACUAAAAAUAACAUCUAGGUUCUUAGCUUGUCCACAA